UGCGUGUUCUUUGCGCCUGUCCUCUCCCACCGCGGGAAGAGCGUGGGUGUAAUUGCCUUCUCUUUCCUGGAGCGUGAGGACAAGUUGGGGCCCACUACGCAUGCGCCGUCUUCGAACCUGAUCGGAAGGUUUCAUGGAGAGCGGUCGCCGGAGUCAGCGAGAACGGGCACUCGGCGCAUGCGCCCUCGCGUGCUUCGCGGCCACAGGCGGCAGAGGGGAAGAUGGCGGCGAUGGUACAGAAUGUGGUGAAGCUCCUUGGUGAACAAUAUUACAAGGAUGCAAUGGAGCAGUGUCACAAUUAUAACGCCCGGCUGUGUGCUGAAAGGAGUGUCCGAUUACCGUUCCUGGAUUCACAGACUGGGGUGGCGCAGAGUAACUGCUACAUUUGGAUGGAGAAGCGGCACAGGGGACCAGGUUUGGCAUCUGGCCAGCUCUAUUCUUAUCCGGCUCGACGCUGGCGGAAAAAACGCCGUUCCCAUCCUCCAGAGGAUCCAAGACUUUCUUUCCCUACCAUUAAACCAGACACUGAGCAGGCCCUAAAGAAAGAAGGCUUAAUCUCUCAAGAUGGCAGCAGUUUGGAGGCCCUCUUAAGGACAGACCCCCUUGAGAAACGCAGCUUGCCUGACCCUCGUACCGAUGAAGACAGCCUCAGCGAGUUCCCCGUUGCCAAUAGCCGCACCCGGAAGCGAAUCCUGGAACCCGAUGACUUCCUGGAUGAUCUGGAUGAUGAAGAUUACGAGGAAGACACCCCAAAACGACGAGGCAAAGGAAAGGCGAAGGGUAAAGGAGUUGGGAGCGCUCGGAAAAAGCUGGAUGCAGCCAUUUUGGAAGACAGAGACAAACCUUACGCAUGCGACAAUAGUUACAAACAAAAGCAUACCUCCAAACCUCCUGACCGAGUCUGUGGGAAGCGCUACAAGAAUCGUCCCGGCCUGAGCUACCACUACGCUCACUGUCACCUGGCAGAAGAAGAAGGGGAAGACAAGGAGGACUCGCAGCCCCCCACACCCGUCUCCCAGAGAUCAGAGGAGCAGAAAACCAAGAAGGGUCCCGAUGGUUUGGCCCUGCCCAAUAAUUACUGCGACUUCUGUCUGGGAGACUCGAAGAUCAACAAGAAGACGGGUCAACCCGAAGAGCUGGUUUCGUGCUCGGACUGUGGGCGAUCAGGGCAUCCAUCUUGCUUGCAGUUCACCCCAGUCAUGAUGGCUGCCGUGAAGACCUACCGCUGGCAGUGUAUUGAAUGCAAGUGCUGUAACAUCUGUGGCACCUCGGAGAAUGAUGACCAGCUGCUGUUCUGUGAUGAUUGUGACCGUGGUUAUCAUAUGUACUGCCUCACCCCACCUAUGUCUGAACCCCCAGAAGGAAGCUGGAGCUGCCACCUCUGCCUGGAUUUGCUGAAGGAGAAAGCCUCGAUCUUCCAGAACCAGAAUGCCUCCUGAUGGCUUUUCAGUCUUCGACGAGAACCUUCACUUGUCCAGGCUCUCUCUUGGGCUUCUAAUCUUUCUCCUGCUGCCCACUUCCCACUUUGGGUCAGUGUCUCCCUUGUUGGUUGGAUCACACAUCCGCACGCAGACACAAACACACUCACACCUCUGCCUCACCGCCUCUCCUUCUGUCAUUCCCCCUGCCUCCUCUCUGGCAGUUGGGGCUUAAAACCCCUUCCCUCCUUCCUUAACCUUUACCUAAGAAUUUUGAGACCCUUUCCUCAAAAAUAAUAACAAUACUCCAGCAUCCAUGAUAGGCUGAGGAGCACCACAGCUGGCCUGGGAGCAUAAAUGCUCUUUCUUUUCUCACUAACAAGGUCUCGGACUGACACCCAGCUUGAGGACUUUGUUUGUACAAGCGA